GUUGCGCUCAACAGUCGGAAACAGUCGAGUGUGUAAAACCAAGAAAGAAAGAAAAAGAAAAGAAAAACAAAAGGAGUCAACAGAGACUCAGAGAGGCGCUAAUAUGAGAGAAAGCGGACGCAGCCGGUGCGCUAAGAGUAAAGCUGGCCUUCUCCACCUUUUAAAAGUCUCCCCAAUGUGGCAAACGUGGGUUUAGAGGAUGAUGUUUGCAGCUCCAGAGCCCAGCCAAGAGAUUGUGGAGUGGCUCUCCAGCCUCCGCUUGUCUCACUAUGCCCCGUUUUUCCAUCAGGGAGGUUAUAAAUCUCUGGAAGACUGCAUGGACCUGACAGAAGAGAGUCUUCUUGAGCUCAAAGUGCUGCCGACAGGCCACCGUAGACGCAUCCUCCGGAGUCUGGAGGCACUAGGGUUCAAGCAGCUGAGUGGAGGGGAAGAUGAAAGUGAAGAGGAUGGAGCAAAGAACUUGAGGGAGCCAGUGCCAUACCCAAGACGUAUCUUCCUGAAAGAUAGAAAGAGGGGGGCAUCAUGUCAGCAACCAAAGGAAAAGAGCAAUCACGAUUUGGAAGUGAGUCAGAGUUUACCUCCAGGAGCAGGACUGGGAGAAAGAGCUGAAAACCUUCCAAGGAGCAGUUACCUCGUCCCGCCUCGACCAGCCCCACGUAACCCCAAGAACAUUCAGAAAUCUGCACAGACCUGCCUGCCUGCUUCCGCAUGUUCCAACAGCAGCAGCGAGUCCCUCUCCGCUUCUGAAAUACCAGAUCGAGAGAUUACUACAGAAGAUCUGUUGCAUGGCCCGAACUCCAUCGCCUGUUCUGGUGACGAUGGGGGUUUUCAAGGUGAAAUGGUUGAGAACUCAAUUUAUGAGGGGCCGCCCAAUUUAAAUCCUCCUGUUGGUCAGAGGCUUAGUCGCUCCUACAAACUCAGGCACCGGCCUGUUCCUGAAAUCCCAAAUCCAACCACGGUGCCACUUCAGGACAGUGCACCGUCAUCGCAAACAACCAGCCCUGAACACCUAACCGGCUCCGAUGGUCCCACCGGUGCAAACGGCAUACAGAAAGCUCCACUUCAAAGAACCCUGACGCCUAUUGCUCCCUACGGUGAAAUAUUCCUGUUCAACACCCCCAAAAGUGCUCCGGACCAAGGUGCUAAAGAAGGGCCCCACAAGGGUUUAAAGGACAAGAUAAAACGGAGGAAACCGAGAAAAAAGACACCACCAAAGAAAGAGUCCAAAGAAAAAAUGUCUCCACCAGCUCCAGCAAUUCCAGACCCUUACGGGGACGACUACUCCACAGUGGACGAGUGUGCUGCCGUUUUGCCGCAGGCAUGUGUGGACCAAAGUUUUUCCAAGACCCCUGACCCCGCUUCUGCUGUCGGUCCAGCUGCCUCUGGCUCUAAUAAUAAAUCCUUGAUCAUGGUGAAUUGUGACCUCUACUCACAAGCUGCAGACUCUGUGGGGGCUGCAGAGAAAAGUGGACUGCCUGAUAUUUCUCCAUAUGCAUGCUUCUAUGGGGUCCCUAAACGGCAGGUGCUCAAAGUGGGUUGGCUGGACAAGCUGUCACCUCAAGGAAAAUGUGUUUUUCAGAGGAGGUGGGUGAGAUUUGAUGGUGAGAGUUUGACCUACUACAACAACGACAAGGAGAUGUACUCCAAAGGGAUGAUUCUGGCCAGCGCUAUCAGGCAGGUGCGAGGACUGGGCGACAACAAGUUUGAGGUCGUCACCUCCCUGCGGACCUUCAUAUUCCGAGCUGAGAGAGAAGGGGAGCGCCAGGAGUGGAUGGAAACUCUUCAGACGGCCACGCGCCCCCCCGCCUGCGGCUCCCAGAAGCGCUCCGGCACCCUCCCUCACGCCUCCUCCACAAACAAGCGAGGCUUGCUGGAGCUCCGCGGUUACAAAGGCAGAGUGCUGGUGUCCCUGGCGGGGAGUAAAGUCAGGCUCUGCAAAACAGAACAGGAUUACAAAGCGGGGCUGGCUGUCGCUGAAGUGGAACUGACCGCUGCCAACAUCAGAGACGUGGACCGCAGGGGCUUUGAAAUCAACACGCCCUUCAAAAACUUCUGCUUCACGGCCGAGUCAGAACGGGAGAAGCAGGAGUGGAUUGAAGCGGUGAAAGAAUCGAUUGCCGAGACACUCUACGACUAUGAAGUGGCAGAGAAGAUCUGGUUUAAAGAGGCCAAUAGAAGCUGCGCCGACUGCCGCGCGCCGCAGCCGGAGUGGGCGUCGGUCAAUCUGGGUGUGGUCAUCUGUAAGAAAUGCACAGGACAGCACCGCUCUCUCGGGCCAAGUAUUUCUAAAGUGCGGAGCCUGAAGUUGGACAGCAGUGUCUGGAGCAAUGAACUAGUGGAGCUCUUUCUGGAAGUGGGGAACAAGAAUGCUAACAGUUUCUGGGCUGCUAAUCUCCCCCUGGAGGAGGAUCUCUACAGGGAGGCUUCUGCGGAGCAGCGGGCCACAUUUAUCCGCAGGAAAUACAGGGAAAGGAAGUACACGAGUGUCCUGGAGGGCUUUAAUGACCUGGAGCAGCUAAACAAGGCGCUGUGUGCAGCUGUGGUGUCCUCUGAUGUGCUGCAGACCAUGGCGCUCGUGUUCAGCGGGGCAGAUGUUAUGUGCGCCACCGGGGAUCCAACCUACUCCACCCCGUACCUCUUGGCUCAGCGCGCUGGCCAGAAGCUGCAGAUGGAGUUCCUGCACCAGAACAAACUCUGCGCUUUCCCUCGACUGGACCAAUGGUCAGAGAACGCCUGCCUGCCUGAGGCUUCCAUCUUCAUGGACGGUUUCCUCUACAUCUCAUCUUCAUCUACCAAGGCGACCUUGGACCGUCGCGGUAGGGAUGACAUGGCACGCCGUUGGUGUACUUUGGAAGGCGGCUUCCUGAGUUACUAUGAGAGCGAGCGAAGCCCUUCAGCCAUUGGCAGGGUGGACGCCACCGAAGUCAUUAGCCUGGCUGUCAACCACACAGAGACGAUGACUGGAGCUGGGGCUGUGUUUACCGUGGAGCUGUACCUGCAGACGGAGCGACUGCUGAUUUUCGGAGUGGAAACACAGGAAACGCAGCAUGACUGGAUCCAGGCGCUAACAAAGUGCUUCAUCCCACCUAAAGUCGAGGGACUAGUGCGGAAAGAGAGUGAACUGAUUGGCAGACUCCACUACAAAGAAGGUCAUGACCUGUACUACUGGAGGAUGGGCUGGUUUAUGCUGGAAGGCUCUUCCCUGCACUUCAGCUCAGGAGAGGAGGAGGGAGAGGAGGAAGUACUUCAACUCAAGCAACUGCAAGAACUCACUGUCUCCACACAUACUGAGGGUGAGGACAAGAUCCAAGUCCUGCUGAUGGUCGAGUGUGGAAGAACAGUUUACAUUCAUGGCUUCAACAAGAUGGAUUUCACCGUGUGGCACUCUGCUAUCAAACUGGCUGCUGGCACAGACGGCAAGGCGCUCGGCGACCAACAGCUGACUAAAAACGGUGUUCCUAUUAUAGUCGACAGCUGCAUUGCUUUUGUCACUCAGUAUGGUUUGUGCCAGGAGGGAGUCUACCAGAGGCCUGGGAAUCCUGGUCGAGUGUCUCACCUCCUGGAGGAGUUCACCCGUGAUGCCCGUAAUGUGAAGCUGAGGGAGAAGGAGCACCAACUUCAGGAUGUGACUGACACGCUGAAGAGCUUCUUGUCUCAGGCAGAAGAUGCACUACUGACCAAGGAGCUCUAUCCAUACUGGGUGUCAGCUCUGGAUGAGAAGAACGAAAGGCAGAGAGUGAAGAAGUACUCCGCUUUCAUAGAGAGCUUGCCAAAGAUAAACAGGUCAACCCUUGAAGCCGUGCUGCAGCAUCUUUACAGGAUCCAGCAAUGCUCCCACCUGAACCGCAUGCCAAGUGAAAAACUGGCUUCCGUUUUCUCCUCCUGCCUGUUCCAGACUCGAGGACAAACCACACAGGAAAUUAGUGUGGUCCACGACCUAAUCAGCAACUACAUUACGCUCUUCAGUGUCAGUGAAGACCAGGUGCAACAGAUGGAGAGAGAGAAUAGCUUCAUCACACGCUGGAACGACAAGAAGGACACGACAUUUGCUCCGGCUGGGGACUUGAUCUUUGAGGUGUACCUGGAGAAGAGAGAGCCAGAGAAAUGCUGCUUAAUCAAGGUCUCCCCCAGCAUGCGGCCCACUGAGCUUGCAGAAACGGCGCUGAAUAUGAGGAAUGUCGCCGUUAACGCCGACGACUUUUGGACCACCUUUGAAGUCAUUGAAAAUGGAGAGCUAGAGCGACCGUUGCACCACAGCGAGAAGAUUCUUGAGCAGGUGUUGGAGUGGAGCUCCUUGGACUACCCCAGCUCGGCUUGUCUUGUUAUAAAGAAGUUUGUUGGUUUCAAACUUCUUGGGGAAGAUCAGAAGCAUUUUCUGAAAGGCGACUAUCUGAAGUUCAGUGAUGGAUGCUCCAAACUGCUGUCAGGGCACAGAUUUCAGGACAAGUAUGUUGUGCUUCAUUCAGAGAAGCUGCUGCUCUACAGGGAUAUCAAAAGCGCUAAAGCCGAGAAAACAAUCCCACUGAAGGAUGUGAAGUGUUACCUGGGCCUGAAGAAGAGGCUCAAACCUCCAACCAACUGCGGCUUCACCAUCUGCACUGAUAAACAACAAUUGCAUUUCUGCUGCGACAAGAGGGAGACGCAGGUCAACUGGGUGACAGACAUCAUCAGGAUGAAGUAUGGUUCUGACCUUCAUGCAUCCACUAACUCAAAAGAAAUGGCAGAUCACAAAUCCACCAGAGGUGGAGCUCUAACUGAAGGGAGCAAGGUGCUGCCUCAGAACCUCAACUCUAGCAAACAGACAACCGAAAGGAGGGUUUCUCUUGGAGCUCUUGGAGAUGGAGAAUGGAGGCCCCCCACCAAGGAUCCUAGUCCCCACUUCAAGUCCAACACCAUAGGUGCUCCAAAGUCCAGUACCAUGGGUGCUCCAAAAUCCAACCCCAUAGCUGUUCCAAAGUCCAACACCAUAGGUGCUUCAAAGUCCAACGAACCAUUCAAACCCCCAGCAAUCCCAAGCAGAAGAACUUCAGUGGAUGUUUGCCUGCCUCUACAGCUCCCGUCACCAUCUUCUUCCAGACACAUGCAGCCCAUGCCUUUGCCUGUUCUUCCUCAAAGUGGCUGUAAGACGGUCAAUAAAAGACCUGCUCUGGGUGGGGAAGCUAUACUCCCUCCAAAUCUGCUGAAUGAACUCAACUCUGUCCUGAACAAGACUGGUCGCACUAACAAGAACAAUGACUGACAGGAGGAGACAUGAGGGGGAAAUUACAUAAAGUAUCAUGAUCAUUUCUGAAAGACGACACAGUAUUAAUGAAAAGAGAACAAGUUGCUUUCAUGAGCGAUGAUCACAGUCUGACCUGAGCUUUUGAACUUGUAUAUAUAUGGAGAUGGUGAUGCACAUGGGUAUGUGCAAAACAGGUGCAGGAGACUGCAAAGGUCACGCAAACCUCAGCUGGCCAUGGCGCUGACCCAAGCACUACAAAUAAAGAUUUAUAUACCACUGUUUGAAAGCUAGAGAAAGUUAUGUAAAUAUGUUCCGCUAUCAAACUCAGAAGUUUCUGGAAACAUUUCCAAAUGCUUAUGCAAUGUCUUUUUUUCCAGCUAAAGCCUUGCCAAAGAAUUUGCAACUAUACUUUUACUUUUACAGGCAGGAGCCUGCUGUUACCUUACAGCGGCCAUUCCCAAAGUCAAUAGUGCUGCGGGCCACUUAAAAAAUAGAAAAUCCCAUGGGGCCAACCAAUAAUAAAUCUUUCUCUAAUCAAAAUACAAGUGAAAGUAAUAUAUUUUUUGGAUAAUUUUAUUAAAACAAAACAAAACAGCAAAGGCUGCUAAUUCUACGCAGUCAUAUGCAAAGUUUUUUGGACAAUGUGUGUAAUGAGUAAUAUCACAAAUUAGCCACCUCCUCUUACCAGUUGUAAUUCACUUUUAUAGAAAUAAAUACUACAGUUACAUAUUUAUAUAAAUGUAAUGUCAAAGCUAAGUUUUCGUUAUUAUUGCUCCCCACCUGCAGCACCAUGGCAGUCCACCAGGGGGCUCCAGGGAAUUGUGGCCUUACAGGACAACAUUUCUCCUGGAUAUGUACAGCAUUGCCAAUACAAUCAUACAUGUUGGUGCACAAAAAGCUGAUUUGGUGUGCACAAGUCGGUAAUGGUUUUAAAUAGAAGUAUGAUACAAUAUUAGCUGGCUGUGGCACACAGGCCAAAGUGUUAGGUACCUUUAUUUAUUUGUAGUUGCUUUUAUGGUUCUAGCAGUUUUUGUACCACUGUAACUGUUACAACUGUAACUGAACUGUAGCCCCACUGGCAGUGUUUUUGAAGCCUAAGAUUAUGUGCCAUACCAUUUUUAAACUUUGCAGGGGGCCGUCACCAAAUGUCAAAUUAAUGUACAGCAUAACAAUAUGAAUAAAUGUGCUAAAACAUUUAGUGAAGUUGCACAUUCAUGUUUAGCGUUUUCAUAGACAUUACGUGGUUAAUUUGUUCCUGGACUGAUCUUGGACUAACAUUUUGCUAGCUUGUUUCUAUGGGUUAUCUUUUUUUCUGGUAUUUUAAGAAGAAAAAAGGCCUGAAAACAGAAAAUAUCAGCAUGAUGAUGCAAGAGAUCAUAAUCUCAUGACCACAUUCAAAACAGAAGCAAUUUUUCUGUUGGUGUUGCAAACAAAAUAACAUAUAGGUGAUUCAAAUAGAAUACAAUAAAUAUAAAUGAGAAGUGAUUCAAAUGCUAACCAAAAUAAAUAAAAGCGCAUCAAUGGAACUGAACAUGCAGAUAAUAGAAUUGAAGUUGGUUUGUAUUAAUCACUGAUUAUCAGAAAGAUGGAUCCAUCUGUGUGGAGGAAGUGGUUGAAAGCAUCUUUAGUGUGUUCUGAUGUGUCUUUAGGUUAUACCAGCUGACUGCUUCUUAAAGAUCUGUGUGUCCUCCUGGGUAUAAAUUCGUCUAGGGAUUGUCUGAACUGUAUGUAUGCCUGAGAUUAUUGAGUGACCUAUAAACAAGUAGCAGCUCUCUCAAUGUCUUCACUGGGAGUCAGUGUAAACAUCAGUAUUGUGCUCAGUUCUCUUGGUUCUUGUUAGAGCUCUUGCAGCAGCUUUCUGACAGAGCUGUAGAUGUCUAAAGAUAUUUUAGGGAGACUGGAGAAAAUCCCUCUAAAGCAUAUUGAUUUGGUUAUUAAUAUGAUGUUGCUUGGCCCUGAAUUGCCAAAAUAUGUAACUUGAACUUUUGUCU